AUGAAUUCUAAUCAAUUUGUCCAUUCGAGUGCUCCCACUCGACGGGUUCGUACCAUUCAAUUCGGUAUCAUGUCUCCCGAUGAGAUCAAAGGCUUUAGCGUUGCCAAAAUCGAACAUCCUGAAACUUACGAAGAAGGUGGUGUUCAUCCUAAAGUGGGUGGUCUGUCAGACCCGCGAAUGGGAACUAUUGACAGGAAUAUGAAAUGUCAGACAUGUGGUGAAGAUAUGUCUACGUGUCCUGGACACUUUGCACAUAUCGAACUUGCUCGACCGGUCUAUCACGUCGGGUUCCUGAAUCGCGUCAAGAAAAUCCUGGAGUGUGUUUGUGUGCAGUGUGGAAAGCUCAAGUCCGAUUUAAACACAGAUCCUGUCCUAGCCCAGAUGGUCAGACGAGCUCGAGAUCCGAAACGUCGAUUUGUCAUGGUCCACAAGCACUGUCGUGGCAAGAACAUUUGCGAAGCUGACGCAAACGACGAAAAACCGGAAAAUCCAGAGGAACCCCCACGGCCAGAAGACGAACAACCUAAAGGGCAUGGUGGUUGUGGUCAUGCUCAGCCUCAGAUUCGAAAAGAAGGCCUUAAGAUGUUUCUACAAUAUACAAGAAGAAAAGGUGAAGAAGAUGACGAGGGUGGUCACAGCUUGGCUGGAACAGAACGAAGACCUUUACCUGCAUCUGACGCGUUAUCGAUCCUACGGCGGAUUUCGGAUGAAGACCUCAGGAUUCUUGGCUUACAUGCCGAAGAAGCUCGACCGGAGUGGAUGGUACUGACAGUCUUACCUAUUCCUCCUCCACCUGUUCGUCCAAGUAUCGCUAUGGACGGUGGUACUAGUCGUGGAGAGGAUGAUUUGACUUAUAAGUUAGCUGAAGUCAUCAAAGCGAAUCAAGCCGUCCGAAAAUUCGAGAGCGAGGGUGCACCUGCACAUGUAAUCACAGAGUUUGAAACUCUACUUCAGUGGCACAUUGCAACCUAUAUGGAUAACGAUCUACCAGGUCAACCCCAAGCUCUUCAAAAAUCGGGUCGGCCUGUCAAAUCAUUACGAUCACGACUUAAGGGAAAAGAGGGCCGAUUGAGAGGUAACUUGAUGGGUAAACGUGUUGAUUUCUCUGCACGGACAGUAAUUACUGGAGAUCCAAACCUUCAGCUUGAUCAGGUCGGUGUACCCUACUCUAUCGCUCGGAAUUUAACCUACCCGGAACGGGUGACGCCCUACAAUAUCACCUAUCUACAAGAACUUGUGCGUAAUGGGCCGACUGAGUAUCCAGGUGCAAGAUAUGUGGUUCGAGACACGGGUGAUCGGAUCGAUCUUCGUUACAACAAACGAGCCGACACGUUUUUACAAUAUGGAUGGAUUGUUGAGAGGCAUUUAAAGGAUGGUGAUUAUGUGCUAUUCAACCGACAACCAUCGCUGCACAAGAUGAGUAUGAUGUCACAUCGUAUCAAAUUGAUGCCUUAUUCUACAUUUCGACUCAACUUAUCCGUCACUCCACCAUAUAACGCAGAUUUUGACGGAGACGAAAUGAACUUGCACGUUCCACAGUCUGAAGAGACUCGCGCUGAACUCGCUCAAAUUGCUUGGGUCCCUCGUAAUAUCGUCUCACCUCAAGCAAAUAAACCAGUUAUGGGUAUCGUUCAAGACACGCUCUGUGGGGUUCGGAAGUUUACUUUACGAGAUUGUUUCAUGGAUCGAGAUUUUGUUCAGAAUAUCUUGUUGUGGGUCCCAGGUUGGGACGGUGUUGUUCCGCCUCCGGCUAUUCUCAAGCCCAAGCCGUUGUGGACAGGAAAACAGAUUUUAUCAAUGUGUAUACCAAAAGGAAUCAACCUAUUCCGAGACGAUGAAAAUCAAACUUCGAUUCCUGUUGCCGAUAAAGGGAUGUGGAUUGAGGAUGGAGAGAUCAUCUAUGGUGUGGUUGAUAAGAAGACUGUCGGUGCCUCUCAAGGAGGAAUCAUUCAUGUAAUCUUCCGAGAGAAAGGACCAGAGGUCACGAGGGGUCUGUUUUCAGGCAUUCAAAUGGUGGUAAACUACUGGUUGCUACAUCAUGGCUUCAGUAUUGGAAUCGGUGAUACCGUCCCUGACAAAGGGACGAUGGAAACCAUCACCAAAUUUAUAUCCGAGGCUAAACUCGAAGUCGCCAACGUUAUCUCGAUGGCUCAAGAGGACAAGUUGCAACCUGAACCUGGUAUGACCAUCCGAGAAUCCUUCGAGGCCAAAGUGAAUCGAGCCUUGAACAUGGCUCGUGAUAAUGCUGGUCGAUCUGCCGAACAAUCGUUGAAGGAUGAUAAUAACGUCAAACAGAUGGUCACGGCUGGUUCGAAAGGUUCAUUCAUCAACAUCUCUCAAAUGUCAGCUUGUGUCGGACAACAAUCGGUUGAGGGUAAACGAAUUCCUUACGGUUUCAAGUAUCGUACCUUGCCCCAUUUCACCAAGGAUGAUUACUCGCCCGAAUCUCGUGGAUUUGUUGAGAAUUCCUAUCUUCGUGGAUUGACACCACAGGAGUUCUUCUUUCAUGCUAUGGCUGGUCGUGAAGGUUUGAUUGAUACCGCUGUAAAAACAGCAGAGACAGGUUAUAUCCAAAGAAGAUUGGUGAAAGCGUUAGAGGAUGUGAUGGUGGCUUAUGAUGGAACGGUACGAAACUCAUUAGGUGAUAUCGUGCAGUUCGUUUAUGGUGAAGAUGGGGUUGAUGGAGGAACUGUAGAGUAUCAAAACUUCGACAGCGUAAGGUUGUCGCAUGAAAAGUUUGAGAGAAAAUUUAGGGUUGAUGUCACUGACCCCAGUCUGACUUAUAAACCGGGUGUCCUACAAGUUGGUCUAGACAGUAGUUCACUUACACUUCAGAAGAUCUUAGAUGGAGAAUGGGAGCAGUUAAAGGAAGACCGACAAUCACUUCGUCAUUUUAUCUUUACUGAUGGUAAUGGUCGGAAACCAUUACCGGUCAAUAUCCGUCGAAUCGUUCAAAACGCUCAGCAAAUCUUUCACAUCGAUUUCAGGAAACCGAGUGAUCUCCCUCCUCAGGAGAUCAUCCAGAUGGUUCACGAUCUUUGCGAACGGAUCAUCGUUGUUCGUGGGGAUGACGCACUUAGUCGUGCAGCUCAAGACAACGCGACUCUCCUGUUCCGAAUUCUGCUCCGGUCCAAUUUCGCUACUCGAAGAGUGCUAGAAGAAUUCCAUCUCAAUCGGGAGGCUUUCGUAUGGGUAUUAGGUGAAAUUGAAGCUCGUUUCAAUCAAUCGCUAGCUGCCCCUGGAGAGAUGUGUGGCACAUUAGCAGCACAGUCCAUCGGAGAACCUGCAACUCAGAUGACUCUGAAUACAUUCCAUUACGCCGGUGUAUCGAGUAAGAACGUUACAUUGGGUGUGCCUCGACUCAAGGAGAUUAUCAAUGUGGCCCUCAAUAUCAAGACACCUUCUUUGACGGUCUAUCUGAACGAAGAGCUUUCGAAUGACAUUGAAGCUGCAAAAGAUAUCCAAACUGAACUUGCACAUACCAAUCUCAAGACCGUCACGGCUUCGACCCAAAUCAUCUACGAUCCAGAUCCUAAGAGCACUGUUGUUGAAGAAGAUGUCGAUUUCGUCGAUGCUUUCUUUGCAGUUCCUGAUGAUGAAGUCGAAUCACAAAUCGAUCGACAAUCCCCUUGGUUACUCCGCCUCGAGCUCGAUCGUGCAAAGAUGUUGGACAAGAAGUUGUCGAUGAGUUUUGUAGCAUCUCGAAUUGCAGAAGUCUUCAAAUCGGACCUUUUCAUCAUCUGGUCAGAAGAUAAUGCUGAGAAACUUAUCAUCCGUUGUCGAGCGAUGCAGUCUGGCGAAGACAAGGAUGAAGAUGAUGAUCAAGUAGAAGAAGACGUCUUCCUGAGGGAAAUUGAACAGAUGUUAGGAAGUAUCUCUCUACGUGGUGUCGAAGGUAUCCAACGAGUCUUUAUGCUUCAACAUAAUCGCAAUUACAUUUGUCAAAACGGGGAAUUUGACCGAAAGACCGAAUGGGUGUUGGAGACGGAUGGCAUCAACUUGAAGAAAGUCUUGUGUGUUGAUGGAGUCGAUCCAGUGCGGACGGUGUCAAACAAUUGUGUUGAAAUCAUGACGGUUUUAGGUAUCGAAGCCGCUCGAGCUUCAGUUCUGAAAGAAUUAAGAAACGUCAUUGAAUUUGAUGGAUCAUAUGUUAAUUAUCGACAUUUGGCCCUCUUGUGUGAUCUGAUGACAAAUCGAGGUUCACUGAUGGCCAUCACUCGGCAUGGUAUCAAUCGAGCUGACACUGGGCCGCUCAUGCGAUGUUCUUUUGAAGAGACUGUGGAGAUCUUGAUGGACGCAGCUGCGACGGGAGAGAAGGAUCAUUGUACCGGUGUGGCUGAGAACGUACUGCUAGGUCAGCUAGCCCCGAUGGGUACUGGUGCAUUCGACGUGGCAUUGGAUCUCGAAAUGUUGAAGGAUGUAGUCAUCGACCAUCGAUUACCAGUGGCCGGAGAAAUCAUGGGUGGCAGGUUUGUUGAUGGAGCCAUGACGCCUGGUGGAGGGAUGACACCCUACGCUGAGCUGGGUGAUGGUCGAACCCCAGCUCGGUUCGAUGAUGCACCAGUCCCACGUGCAAUGUUCUCACCUAUCAUCACAGCUGGGGCUGAUGACGGAUACGGAGCAAGUAAUGAUAUCUACGGAGGUUAUGGUGGACAAUCGCCAUAUGGGGCAGGUGGUGGCACUUCUCCUGGUUAUUCACCGUCGAGUCCUUCUUACAAUCCAGCCGUUAGUCCUGCAUACACUCCUACAAGUCCAGCUUGGGGUGGUGCGUCGCCGUGGAUGCCAAGUGGGACUUCACCAGGUUAUAGCCCUACGAGUCCAAGGAUGGGUCUCACCAGUCCUCGAUUUUCACCUGCGUCCCCUAAUUUCUCACCGGCUUCGCCCAAUUUUUCUCCGGCUUCGCCAGCAUUUUCGCCAACAUCGCCAUCAUUUUCUCCCGCCUCCCCGCGGUUCUCACCAAGCAGUCCAAACUACUCUGCUGGUAUCGGUCUUGCUACUUCUCCUCGCUAUUCACCUACAUCACCUGCGAUGUCACCUUCUUCGCCCAAAUUCAGUCCCGCUAGCCCGGCAUUCUCACCGGCAUCACCAAAAUACUCUCCGGCCACUCAGAGGUGGUCUCCUCAGUCGCCUGCAUUCUCUCCUGCAAGCCCUAAGUACAGCCCUGCCUCACCGGCUUACAGCCCUACAAGCCCUCAAUACUCACCUACCUCACCUCAAACCUCUCCACAAUCUCCACAAUGGGCUCCACCUGGAGCAGCGGCAGCGGCAGCAGCAGCAGCCGCUACCCCAGCAGCUACCACCAAUGGGAAUCAUACCAAUGGUUACACAUCUUAUAGUUCUGCACCUUCUUGGUCGCGUUGAACUGCCUAUUGUUUUGUGUGUGUAUGUGAAAGGGAGAUGAAGUGUGUUUGAAUUGUGAAAUGAGUAGUGAUGUAGAUAAGAAUGAUAAGUUAGGAAACACAAAAAGAGAUUGAAAGGAAUAUAAGUACAAGUAGUAGUAGUAUGGUAGUAGUAGUAGUAAAUGUAGAAGUGAUGAAGAUCAAUGAGUCUUUAAAACCCCCCUUCCCUCC